GGCCUGCUGGGGUCGCGGCUGCGCGCAACGCACGGAGGGCAAAGCGGGCGAUACUCCCUCCUCCUCCUCUUCCUCCUCCUCCUCCUCCUGCUGCUGCGAACGCCGCUGCUGUCAUCUGUGGCAGUUCGGACACCCGGUUUCCCCCACCCGGAACUGGAGCCCCCCGCGGCUCGUCGCCGUUUCCACAGCUGCGGUUCGGUCCAAUAUGGCGGCGGACGGAUGGAAAUACUGAUGACAGUCCGCAAAAUCGCCUCGAUUUGUACCAUGGGCGCCAAUGCCUCCGCUCUGGAGAAAGAGAUUGGACCAGAACAGUUUCCGGUCAAUGAGCACUACUUUGGACUCGUCAAUUUUGGCAACACAUGCUACUGCAACUCGGUGCUGCAGGCGCUGUACUUCUGCCGGCCCUUCCGGGAGAAGGUGCUGGCCUACAAGGCCCAGCCGCGGCGCAAGGAGAGCCUCCUCACGUGCCUGGCUGACCUGUUCAACAGCAUCGCCACGCAGAAGAAGAAGGUGGGCGUCAUCCCGCCCAAGAAGUUCAUCUCCAGGCUGAGGAAGGAGAACGAGCUGUUUGACAACUACAUGCAGCAAGACGCCCACGAGUUCCUCAACUACUUGCUGAACACCAUCGCUGACCUGCUGCAGGAGGAGAAAGGCCAGGAGCGACAGCAGAACGGCAAGCUGGUGCAGAACGGUGGCGCCCCGGGUGGACCCACCGCUACGGAAGGCGAGGAGGCUCACAAGGCCCCGCAGCAGACCUGGGUCCACGAGAUCUUCCAGGGCACGCUGACCAAUGAGACGCGGUGCCUCAACUGCGAGGCGGUGAGCAGCAAAGACGAGGACUUCCUGGACUUGUCGGUGGACGUGGAACAGAACACCUCCAUCACACACUGCCUGAGGGGCUUCAGCGACACGGAGACGCUGUGCAGCGAGUACAAGUACUACUGCGAGCAGUGCCGGAGUAAGCAGGAGGCCCAGAAGAGGAUGCGGGUGAAGAAGCUGCCCAUGAUCCUGGCCCUCCACCUGAAGCGCUUUAAGUACAUGGAGCAGCUACACCGCUACACCAAGCUGUCGUACCGCGUGGUCUUCCCCCUGGAGCUCCGCCUCUUCAACACCUCCGGCGACGCCACCAAUCCCGACCGCAUGUACGACCUGGUGGCCGUGGUGGUGCACUGUGGCAGCGGGCCGAAUCGAGGGCACUACAUCACCAUCGUGAAGAGCCACGGCUUCUGGCUCCUUUUUGAUGACGACAUUGUGGAGAAGAUCGAUGCCCAGGCGAUCGAGGAGUUCUACGGUCUGACGUCGGACAUUUCCAAGAACUCCGAGUCGGGAUACAUCCUCUUCUACCAGUCCAGAGACUGAGCGAACUUCGCUGGUCAUGAGUGCGGUGGGGCCUGUCCUGUGCGGACCCCACCCAUUCGGGACAUUUAUGUGUGGAACAUCGGCGUGGAACAACAAAUCUUUAAGCGUAAGAAGGCUGACCGGAUGCGGCAUCCGCGUUGCAGAGAGGCGCCCUGGUCCUGAAAUCCCUUAUCUUCCAUGGUUGUUGUCUCUGUUGUUAAGAAGCGACUCGGACUGCCAUCCCAGCUCUUGACAGGCUCUGUCCCGCACUUGCAGGGCAGCGCAGAAGCUACGCUGGGUACGAGCUGGGGUUUGAGGGCACUUAUAAAUGGGGUGUACUGCGUGCACCAGUGGGCACUCAGCACGAUCGUAAUAUUCAGGUGUCUUUACAGGACCAGGAGGGGGCGCUAACCAUAUAUACAAUCAGUGACAGUAGGUGAAGUCAGAUGAUUUCUGAUUUCUAUGGAUAGAGUAUGAUUCAUACCCAUAAUGCUAUGUAUAUACAUAUGUAUAUACACAUUCAUACAUACACAGGUACAUAUGUGCAUGCUUGCAUACAUAUGUCUGGAUCUCCAUACCGGCGGUGGGGUGGGGUGGGGUGGGGUUGAGCGCGCAGCCAGUGUAAAUGUAUCCGUGAGCUGGGUACGUGCCUUGUGAAUGUGAAGCGGUCUUGGGGGUGGCGUCUCGGAGCAUUCGGGGGCGCUCUUCUCAUCCGUUAACCGUAGUAGGCGCUCUGCUUCACUCAUCUGCACCUACAAGACGGUGUGUCAUGGAGGAAAACCGGAUCAGAACCUCCCCCCCCCCCCUCUCAAAUUUAUGCUGACCCUCUCUCUAAUAGUUGAAAAAUAUUUAUUAAUAAAGUUUCAAGCAGCUACUUAGUACGUGGUAACUCCGGGUUUUGCGUUUUCCUUAUUUAUUUUUACUGUUUUUACACUUUAUGGUUGGUCGAUGCAGUUUCACAUGCGCUCCCCCAGUGUGUGACUGAUAGAAAAGAUGCGUCAUGUGGACGUGUCCUCACUAGGAGACCGCAUUUAGUCUUUGGCAGGACUGUGGUAUUGGAAACCCUUCCACUGCAUGGGGGUCGUCCUGCUUUUGGUAAUACCGGUCAUUAGCAUGGACCUGUCCAUGGCCCAGCCCGUGAGACAUACAACUUCUGACAGUGCCGUCCAGUCCACAUGACAUUUGUAUGGCGGUUGGGGGCGGAGCUCUGCAGGCGGUGGGCGGGGCUUCCCGUAAAAGUGAGCCCAGACGUCAGACUCCAGUAAACACUGUAUUUUCUGCUGACAUCUAUCUUGGAAAAUGUGAGGCACAUUAUUACCGAUGUUUGUUACUAUAGGCACCAAAACAGCGCAAAAAUAUACCCAAACAGGAAUGAUACAGUAACCACCAUUAUAGCUGGUAUUAUGCAGUAAGAAAUGAGUACAAAGAUGGGCUUUCAGUGUGCCGCACUUUUUCUCACAUUGUGUGUCCUGCAUGGUAAUAACACUAAAUAUGAACGAGUAAAGUUGUCAUCCUUCCUCUGUGGGGAACAAAAUUGGAUACAGAGCAGAGACUGACUAUAGGGGACAAUUUUAUUUAGCGCUGAAGGCACCAGACUUGUGAUCAUGCUGUUUUGUGACAUGGUAGAUUCUUUAUGUGGAUCAUUUU